AGCAUGCAUAGAAGCGGUGGGAAAAGAGUUUGCCUUGCAAGAUAAGAAUAUGAAAAUUACAAAUACUUUACAUUAUUGUGCUAAUUAUCUCAAGGAUUGUUCUUAUUUUGCCGUAAAGUACUCACCUGAACAAAUACAAAAUAUUAUCAACAUAGCUACUUCAACAUCAAAAAAAU